CCAGCCAGCCAGUCUUGGCUCGGUAGCUGCUGACCCGAAUGAAAAUGGGCCCUAAGGCUGACCAGCUCCUCAUUGUGGUCUCUAUCUUGGAAGGGCGUUAUUUUCCAAAACGUCCAAAGCGUCUGCUGGUGGUAGAAGCAAAGUUUGAUGGCGAACAUUUGGCUACAGAUCCUGUGGAACAUACUGAUCAACCAGAAUUUGCCACGGAGUUAGCUUGGGAACUUGAUAGGAAAGCACUUCACCAACACAGAUUACAGCGUACACCUGUCAAGUUGCAGUGCUUUGCUUUGGAUUCUCUAUCUGCAGUUAAAGAGACAAUAGGUUAUAUUGUGCUAGAUUUAAGAACUGCUCAAGAGAAAAAGCAGCCACCAAAAUGGUAUCCUUUACUCAGCAAUAGAUACACAAAAUUUAAGCCUGAAUUGCAACUAAAUCUGAUGCUAGAAACUGACACCAAAGCAUCCAUCAAUGGUUUUAAAGCAAGGGAAGCACCUCCCAGAGAAAUGGCAGUAUCUUUUCAGUUACCUGGAUUGGACCCCAAAAAUCUUGUACCUGUGCUGAAUGAAGAGGAAGGAUAUCAUCAAAUUGGACCAGCAGAAUAUUGCCGUGACUAUUUUGUUUUGUCAGUUACUAUUGCAUUUGCUACACAAUUAGAACAGUUAAUACCUACCACAGUGAAAAUUCCAGAACGACAGCCUGAAUUCUUCUUUUACUAUUCACUCCUUGGUAAUGAUGUUACCAAUGAACCAUUUACUGACCUGAUGAAUCCAAACUUUGAACCAGAAAGAGCAUCUGUUAGAAUACGCAGCAGCAUUGAAGUUCUAAGAGCUUACUUUUUUGCUCACUCAAAGUUGCAGAUUCAUCUCUGUUGUGGGGACCAAUCUCUUGGAAGCACUGAAAUUCUUUUAACUAGCUUAUUAAAGAAAGGAAGUACCGAAAUUUGCCAGCAUCCAGUAGCUAUAGAAGGAGCAUUUAUUCUUGUUCCACCUAAUAGAGCUCGGCAGAAACUGCCACCCUUGCCCUUGGAUAUGGCACCUACUGUUGGGGUAUCGGUAUCACUUCAGAAGGAUGGCAGAGUUUGUCAGCCUAUAAUCCAAUCAGCUGCAAAGGCUGAGACUGAAAAUGUGAAAAAAGGUUUGUCCCCAACACAUGAUAAAGAAGUGAGACCUGAAAAUGGCUCCCAAGAUAUCUUACCUCAGACACAACAUUCUCCCCCCAUAAAAGAGGAUGCUACAGAAAGUGAAGUAGAAAGUAUUCAGUAUGACAAAAAUCCAAAAUUACAGAAAAAAGCUUUGAAAAGUAAACUGCCUGCUUCUCAGACUCAACAUCCCAGUACUUCUGAAUCCACUACAGGACAAAAAAUUGCUGUUCCUGCAUCAUCCCAUCAUUUUUGUUUUUCAGUAGAUUUAAGAGCUGUCCAUAAUCUGGAUGCUGGAUUUCCUGUUAAUUGUAUGUUAAGGUAUUCAUAUCCAUUUUUUGGCAGUGCUGCACCCAUUAUGACAAAUCCUCCUGUGGAAGUAAGAAAAAACAUGGAAGUAUUUCUUCCACAAUCUUACUGUGCAUUUGAUUUUGCAACUAUGCCCCAUCAGCUUCAAGAUACCUUUUGCAGGUUACCACUGCUGGUGGAACUGUGGCAUAAAGAUAAAACAACUAAAGACUUGCUUCUAGGAGUUGCAAGACUCCAGCUUUCAAAGAUUUUGGCCAUGGAAAAAACACGUUUUCUAGGAGGAAAUGGCGAGCAGUGUUGGCGUCAGACCUUCAGUGAAACUAUUCCUUUUACAGCCGCACAGGGGCCAAGCAACAAGAUUGCAGAUCUUUCAUAUAUAGUGACUCUAGAAGACUAUGGACUUGUGAAAAUGCAUGAAGUUCUGGUGUCUGAUUCUUCUCGGUGUUUAGGUGCUGAUGAGCUGCUAGGAGUUCCUAAAGUACAGCCUGAAGUCCAUACUGAACCAAGAGAAACACUGGAAUAUAAAGCAGCACUUGAACUAGAAAUGUGGAAGGAGCUACAAGAAGAUCUUUUUGAGAAUCAGUUGAAGAAGAAGGAGUUGGCUCAUAUGCAGGCCCUGGCAGAAGAGUGGAAAAAAAGGGAUAGAGAAAGAGAAGCUUUGGUAAAGAAAAAAGUUGCAGAGUAUACAGUUUUGGAAGAAAAACUUCAAAAAACUUUAACUGACUUAGAAAAACGUGAAAAACAGCUUGUCAGUGCUGAAACUGAGCUCCAGCGGUUAAAGAAGGAGCUCCAAACAGAACAUGAACGAAAUCAGCAGGAAGUUCAAGAUACAAUACGGCGAGUCAAACAAGAAUGUGCACACCAGAUUGAGUUGGAAAGGGUGAGAAUUAGGCAAUUUGAGGAGGACAAGAUCCGUGCACAAGAACAACUAUACCAGGCAGAAAACAAGCAUAAGGCUCUGGAGAAAGAAUUUCACCAAUAUAAGGAGCAACAAAGUAACAGACCGGAAGUCCGAAUGCAAUCAGAAAUAGGCAUUCUAACUUUAGAGAAGGGGGAUCUUGAAAGAAAGUUGGAAUCGGCUACUAAAGCAAAACUACAUUACAAGCAACAAUGGGCACGAGCUUUGAAGGAACUAGCAAGGCUAAAACAGCGUGAGCAAGAGAACGCUAUGGUCCGUCUUAAAAAGCAGCAACAAGAACUUGAACACAUGAGACUUCGGUACCUUGCAGCAGAAGAGAAAGAAUUAGGGAAGACACAGCGGCAAGAGCUAGAGGAUAUCAGAAAUGAGCUGAACAGAUUGAAACAAGAAGAAGACAAGAAAAAGUCACAAGAUGCCCAAGAGUUAUUGGGAGUCCAACUGCAAAAUUCUCACACUGGGAAAGGAGAUGAGGCUUUGGAUGACUACCUUGCACGUCUAAUAGAGGAGAGGGAUACCUUGUUGAGAACAGGUGUAUAUAAUCAUGAAGAUCACAUCGUAAGUGAGCUUGAUCGUCAAAUCAGUGAAGUGCUUGCAAAAAGAAAUAGAAGCAAGUAGCAGGAUUCAAGAGAAUUAGUCAUAUAUAUUUUUUACUUCCAAGAUUCAGGUUUUAACAAAUGAUAGAUUGAAUCAGCUUUUUGAAGGAUUUGUAUAUAUACUCCUCUGUCUCCCAAGACUUACUGCUAUACUAGAACAUCACUACACUACUUCUAAGAAAUGGGAAGAAACAUUGACUACUUCAAUUAUUUUAUUACUUUUUUUACCUAUUUAUUUUUGUCAAUUGGUCAGUACUGCAAAAGCUUUCAUUUACACAGUGGAAAUAUUUCUUGUCAGAAUUUAUUGCUUGCU